GCAGCCUCAGCAGCCUGUUGAGCGGCGGCAGAAGCGGCAGUUGGUCUGAGAGCAGAGAAAUGUUUGACUUUCUCAGUUUCAGUGUUUGACUGGAGGAAGUGGUCUGACACACACAGUGUGCUCACAACAAACUGUUCACUGUUUGUUUAGUUGUUUGUUUGUUUGUUGUCUCCGGAAACUGGAGCGAUGUGUGCAGAAUGAGAGCCGUAGGUGAGGCGCUGCAGUCGGCGUUGAGCUGCGUUUCUACACGUUGGGCUGUGUUGUCUCCUGUGAGGACUUUUUAUUCAUCGGGACUGAAGCGGGUCUGCAGAGCCAGGGUGCAUGAUGGGAUCUUUCCGGCGUCCGAGACCUCGCUUUAUGAGCUCUCCAGUGCUGUCGGACCUCGCCCGGUUCCACGCCAGCUCACCUGCGCUGCAGAUCUCUAACACCAGCGUGUGGAACAGUGUCCAAUCAGCUGUGAUCAAGGUGUUCCAGGGUGGAGCGCUGCAGACCAACGAGCUGUUCACGCUUAACGAGAGCAUCAGGUGGCUCCUAAAAACUGAGAUGGGCUCCUUCAUCACCGACUACUUCCAGAACCAGCUGCUGACUCGAGGUCUGUCUGAAGUCCUGGAACAGCUCCUGCUUCACUCAGGUGACAAGCAGCUAGUCGUCCUCGCCGAUAUGUGGGACAGAUUCUUCACAGAGAUCCUCCCGACCCUGCAGGCCAUCUUCUACCCCGUCCAGGGUCAGGAGCUGACAGUGAGGCAGAUGGCCCUAUUGGCCUUCAGAGACCUGGUGCUGUUGAAGCUCCACCUGGAGGAGACUCUGGGAACUGCAGCCUCUGUCCCUCCACCUGUUACACAGAUGCUGCUGGUGCUGCAGGGUGUCCACGAGUCGGGUACUCCCAGUUUGGAGUAUUACCAGUUGGAGCGUCUGGUGGAGAUCGUUGUAUCUCCGUAUCUCAGCAACGUUCUGCACAACAGAAACCAGAUCCUAUUGGAGCCCCGUCAUCUGCGGUCGUCAGGGUCGUUGCCAAGUGACCAGUCCAAGCCAGAGAUCACCAUCACUCAGCAUCACUGCUCCUCUGACUCAUCAUCUCUGGCUCCGCUGGUGGAGCAUGAGGGCGAGGCCUACCUGGAGAAGUGCGGCGGCGUGCGGCGCCACACGGUGGCCAACGUACACUCCGAUGUCAGGCUCCUGUCGGUGUCGGGCAGGAUCAAUGGUGGGACAGAGAAGGACAAUGGGGUGGGAGGAGACGGUGAAGGAGACGUGGAGUUUUUGGUGGGGGGCAGGCCGAUGAGUCCCAGGACGUUCUCCAGCCAACCAGACAUGGUGGAGUCCCCGAGGGGAGGAGUUAUCUGCCUUUCUAACAGCUAACGGGAGUGACUAAUGAGACAAUGGACUCAAGAGACCAUGAAGAGUGGGAGAAACAAGAGUUUACACAGAAAAAAUAACAGGACAGCAUGGGAAGUAAAAGACAAGGCAGGAGAGGAAAUAAAAGAACAGUAAACGACAGGGCUGAAAAUUAAGACGGGACAAGAAAACAAGACGGUAGGAGAGGAAACGAGGAUACAGAGAGGACAGAACACAAGGGCGCAGGGUGAGAACCUAAGGAUAGGGCAAUAAACAGGAAACAAUAUGAGAGAAGAAGACAGGAAACAACAGUAGAAAGAAACAGGAAGCUAAAUUACAGGACAGGAAACAGGACAGAGGACAGUGGAAAUGUGUCCCACAGCUCCCAGCAGGAGGAAAAUCUCUGGCUCAGGGUCUGAACUGGGAGGACUGUUUGAACCAGCUGAUCCAGGAUCAGCCUCUGUGUCUUCAGGUUUAUGGACAGACGUUGACUGCAGCUUCUCUUCAGGUCUUAUAAAUAUGUUUGGUUUAGGAUUGUUAAUGAUUAAUAAAGUUUAAUUCAAUUCCUAAA